AUGGGCAACGAGGCCAGCCUGGAGGGCGGCGCGGGCGAAGGGCCGCUGCCCCCCGGAGGCUCUGGGCAGGGUCCGGGCCCCGGAGCAGGGAAGCCUCCUUCAGCACUAGCUGGCGGCGGACAGCUCCCCGCGGCUGCCGCUGCGCGAGCCACCGCACCCCCGGCCCCUGGCCUCGGGCCCAUCCCCGGCCCCGGCCCCGGCCCCGGCCCCGGCCCGAGCAGUGUUUCCCGGAGACUGGACCCCAAGGAGCCCCUGGGCAGCCAGAGAGCAACUUCCCCAACCCCAAAGCAAGCUUCUGCUCCUGCUCCUGGCCGAGAGAGCCCCAGAGAGACAAGGGCCCAAGGCCCAUCAGGCCAGGAGGCUGAUGGUCCCCGCCGGACACUGCAGGUAGACAGCAGGACACAGAGAUCAGGACGGUCCCCCUCGGUGUCACCAGACAGAGGCAGCACCCCCACGUCACCCUACUCCGUCCCGCAGAUCGCCCCCCUUCCCAGCAGCACCCUGUGUCCUAUAUGCAAGACCUCGGACCUCACGUCGGCCUCCAGCCAGCCAAACUUCAACACUUGCACCCAGUGUCACAACAAAGUCUGCAACCAGUGUGGGUUCAACCCCAACCCUCACCUCACCCAGGUGAAGGAAUGGCUCUGUUUGAACUGUCAGAUGCAGAGGGCUCUGGGGAUGGACAUGACCACUGCGCCUCGAUCCAAGAGCCAGCAGCAGUUGCACUCCCCGGCCCUGUCUCCCGCCCACUCCCCAGCCAAACAGCCUCUGGGGAAGCCAGAACAAGAGCGAUCUCGGGGUCCAGGGGCCACACAGUCUGGUCCCCGCCAGGCUGAAACAGCCAGGGCCACCUCAGUGCCUGGGCCUACCCAGGCAACUGCUCCUUCAGAGGUGGGGAGGGUGUCUCCUCAGCCCUCUCUCUCCACCAAGCCUUCCACAGCUGAGCCCAGGCCACCUGCAGGAGAGGCCCAGAGCAAAAGUGCCACCACAGUGCCCCCCGGGCUUGGUGCUGGUGAACAGACCCAGGAGGGCCUCACCGGGAAGCUCUUCGGCCUCGGAGCAUCGUUGCUGACCCAGGCGAGCACCCUUAUGUCUGUGCAGCCAGAGGCUGACACCCAGGGCCAGCCUUCCCCUAGUAAGGGGCCACCCAAGAUUGUCUUCAGUGAUGCCAGCAAGGAGGCUGGUCCAAGAGCCCCAGGCUCAGGGCCUGGGCCUGGGCCAACACCUGGAGCCAAAACUGAGCCUGGGGCUAGAACAGGUCCUGGAUCAGGGCCUGGAGCUCUGGCAAAAACUGGAGGAACAGCCAGUCCAAAGCAUGGCAGAGCAGAACACCAGGCAGCACCCAAGGCUGCUGCCAAGCCAAAGACCACGCCGAAGGAAAGGGCCGCCUGCCCACUGUGCCAAGCCGAGCUCAACGUGGGUGGCAAGGGCCCCGCCAACUACAACACCUGCACCAGCUGCCGGCUGCAGGUGUGCAACCUCUGCGGCUUCAACCCAGCGCCCCACCUGGUGGAGAAAUCAGAGUGGCUCUGUCUGAACUGCCAAACCAAGCGGCUGCUGGAGGGUGGCCUCGGGGAGCCAGCCCCGCUGCCACUGCCCACUUCACAGCAACCCCCUGCAGGAGUCCCUCACCGUGCAGCUGGAGCAGCCCCUCUGAAGCAGAAAGGGCCACAGGGGCUGGGCCAGCCCUCAGGCUCCCUGCCUGCCAAGGCCAGCCCUCAGGCCACCAAGGCCAGCCCUCAGGCCACCAAGGCCAGCCCUCAGGCCAAGCCCCUUAGGGCUUCUGAACCCAGUAAGACCUCUAGCAGUGCCCAGGAAAAGAAGACAGGAACCCCUGCUAAAGCUGAGCAGAAGCCACCUGCAGAGACUACCGUGCCUCCCGGGACUCCGAAAGCAAAAAGCGGGGUGAAAAGGACUGAACCUGCUACUCCAGUCACCAAGCCUGUUCCAGAAGCUCCCAAGGGUGGGGAGGCUGAGGAACCAGCCAGCAAGCCUUACUCGCAGGACCUGUCUCGAAGCCCACAGAGCCUGAGCGACACCGGCUAUUCCUCUGACGGCGUCUCCAGCUCCCAGAGUGAGAUCACGGGGGUCGUCCAGCACGACGCGGAGCAGCUUGACAGCGCAGGGGUGACGGGGCCCCGCCCGCCCAGCCCCUCGGAGCUGCACAAAGUGGGGAGCAGCAUGCGCCCCUCCCUGGAGGCCCAGGCGGGGGCGCCCGGCGGGGAGUGGAGCAAGCCACCCCGCGGCAGCGCCCCUGAAGACCAGAAACGGCGUCCCCACUCCUUGUCCAUCAUGCCCGAGGCCUUCGACUCUGACGAGGAGCUGCAGGAUAUCCUCGAGGAGGAGGAGGCCUCCCUGGCGUGGGGGCGGCGGAGGGAGCCGCAGGACACGGCCGAGUCUUCCGACGACCUCGGCAGCCAGCUGAGGCACGACUACGUGGAGGACAGCAGCGAGGGCGGCUUGUCCCCUCUCCCACCCCAGCCCCCGGCCAGGGCAGGGAUGACGGACGAGGAGUUCAUGCGGAGGCAGAUCCUGGAAAUGAGCGCCGAGGAGGACAACCUGGAGGAAGAGGACGCUGCGGUGUCCGGGCGGGGCCCGGCCAAGCAGAAGGGAGGCGCCAGGCCCAGGCCCGAAUCCAGCCAAGAGCCGCCCAGGAGGCGCCUCCCCCACAACGCCACCACGGGCUACGAGGAGCUCCUGGCCGAGGGGGGCCCAGCGGAGCCCGACGGCGGCGCCCUGCAGGGCGGCCUCAGGCGCUUCAAGACCAUCGAGCUCAACAGCACGGGCGGCUACGGCCACGAGCUGGACCUGGGCCAAGGCCCCGAUGCCAGCCUGGACCGCGAGCCCGAGCUGGAGAUGGAAAGCCUCACGGGCUCGCCGGAAGACCGCUCCCGCGGGGAGCACUCCUCCACCCUGCCAGCCUCCACGCCCAGCUACACGUCGGGCGCCUCGCCCACCUCCCUGUCCUCCCUGGAGGAGGACAGCGACAGCAGCCCGAGCCGCCGGCAGCGGCUGGAGGAGGCCAAGCAGCAGCGCAAGGCCCGGCACCGCUCCCACGGGCCCCUGCUGCCCACCAUCGAGGACUCCUCGGAGGAGGAGGAGCUGCGGGAGGAGGAGGAGCUGCUCCGCGAGCAGGAGAAGAUGCGGGAGGUGGAGCAGCAGCGCAUCCGCAGCACCGCCCGCAAGACCCGGCGCGACAAGGAGGAGCUCCGGGCCCAGCGGCGGCGCGAGCGCUCCAAGACGCCGCCCAGCAACCUGUCGCCCAUCGAGGACGCGUCCCCCACCGAGGAGCUGCGGCAGGCGGCCGAGAUGGAGGAGCUGCACCGCUCCUCCUGCUCCGAGUACUCCCCGUCCCCGUCCCUCGACUCGGAGGCCGAGGCCCCGGACGGCGGCCCCGCCCGACUCUACAAAUCGGGCAGCGAGUACAACCUGCCCGCCUUCACGACCCUCUACUCGCCCACCGAGGCCCCGACGGGCGGCGCCGCCGCGCCCAGCGCCGGGCGGCCCCUGAAGAGCGCCGAGGAGGCCUACGAGGACAUGAUGAGGAAGGCCGAGCUGCUCCAGCGGCAGCAGGGCCAGGCGGCGGGGGCCCGGGGCCCCUUCGACUACCAAGACCCCCGGGAGCACGGCUACGGCAGGGCGCCCCCGCCCGCCGAGGGCCCGCCCGCAGGCCCGGGCGCCGCCUACGCCGACGGCCUCCCGCCGCAGGCCCCGGCGCGCACGCGGCAGGCCUCCCCGCGGGACCUGGCCCUGGCGGAGGACAAGAAGAAGGAGGCGCAGUUUCUGAACGCCGACAGCGUGUUCCUGGACCCGAUGAGGCAGAACGGCGGCCCGCUCACCCCCGGCACCAGCCCCACCCAGCUUGCUGCGCCCGUGUCGUUUUCCGCGUCCACCACCUCGGACGGCAGCGGCGGCCGGGUCAUUCCCGACGUCCGGGUCACCCAGCAUUUUGCGAAAGAGCCUCAGGAGCCCGUCAAGCUUCACAGCUCUCCCGUCUCCCCGGGCCUGGCCUCCAAGGAGGUGGGCGUGACCUUCGCCCAGGGCCCAGGGCCCCCAGCCACCACAGCCGUGGCCCCUUGUCCAGCCAGCCUCCCGCGAGGCUAUGUGACUGCGGCCCCCCCAGCGGGCGCCGAGCACGGCCCGUCCCCAUCUUCCACAGCUCACAGCCGCGGACAGCCCCCGACCACCGCUAACUAUGGGUCCCAGACGGAGGAGCCGCCUCCCGCUCCCGGGGGCCCUGCCGCCAGCGGGCGGGCCUCCAGAGAGAAGCCCCUGAGUGGGGGCGAUGCUGAGGCCGGUGCCCCCCAGCCUCCCCGGGGCUAUUCUUACUUCACAGGCUCUAGCCCACCUCUCUCCCCGGCCACCCCCUCAGAGAGCCCCACAUUCUCACCCGGCAAGCUGGGCCCGAGGCCCACGGCAGAGUUCUCCACACAGACGCCAAGCCCAACACCUCCCUCCGACAUUCCACGGAGCCCUGGCGCCCCGUCCCCCAUGGUAGCCCAGGGCACACAGACACCACACCGACCUAGCACCCCGCGCCUGGUGUGGCAGCAGUCUUCCCAGGAGGCUCCUGUGAUGGUCAUCACGCUAGCGUCGGACGCUUCCAGCCAGACCGGAAUGGUACACGCCAGUGCCUCCACUUCCCCGCUGUGCUCACCCACCGGCCCGCAGCCCGCCUCCCACAGCUACAGCCAGACCACACCUCCAAGUGCCCCCCAGAUGCCCCCCGAACCGGCUGGGCCGCCCGGCUUCCCACGAGCCCCCAGCGCCGGUGCAGACGCGCCGCUGGCACUGUACGGCUGGGGAGCCCUCCCUGCUGAAAACAUCUCCUUGUGCCGGAUCUCCUCUGUCCCGGGAACUUCUAGAGUUGAGCCGGGCCCCAGGCCCCCGGGCAGCGCGGUGGUAGACCUCCGCACAGCUGUCAAGCCCACGCCCAUCAUCCUCACCGACCAGGGUAUGGACCUGACCUCUCUCGCUGUGGAGGCCAGGAAGUACGGCCUGGCCCUGGAUCCAGUUCCAGGACGCCAGUCCACUGCUGUGCAGCCUCUGGUCAUUAACCUCAACGCCCAAGAGCAGACCCACACCUUCCUGGCCACCGCCACCACCGUGAGCCUCACCAUGGCCUCGUCUGUGCUCAUGGCUCAGCAGAAGCAACCAGCGGUGUACGGAGACCCUUUCCAGAGCCGCCUGGACUUUGGCCAGGGUUCGGGUAGCCCUGUGUGCCUGGCCCAGGUCAAGCAAGUAGAGCAGGCUGUCCAGACAGCCCCCUACCGAGGAGGGCCCCGGGGAAGACCCAGGGAGGCUAAGUUCGCCAGGUAUAACCUCCCCAACCAGGUCACGCCUCUGGCCAGAAGGGACAUUUUGAUCACUCAGAUGGGCGCCGCCCAGAGUGUUAGCCUAAAGCCAGGACCAGUGCCCGAGCCUGGUGCCGAGCCCCACCGGGCUACUCCUGCAGAGCUCCGGCCACCUGCUCCGCCGGGCGCCAGGAAGCCACACGCAGUGGUGGUGCAGAUGGGAGAGGGCGCAGCCGGCACGGUGACUACCCUGGUCCCGGAGGAGCCCGCGGGAGCCCUGGAUCUCACAGGGAUGAGGCCCGAGAGCCAGCUGGCGUGCUGCGACAUGGUCUCCAAGUUCCCCUUCGGCAGCAGCUGCGCCGGCACCUUCCAUCCCGCCCCCGGCGCACCGGACAAGACUGUGGCAGAUGCCGCCCCGCCUGGCCAGAGCAGCGGCCCCUUCUAUAGUCCCAGAGACCCGGAGCCCCCCGAGCCCCUCACCUUCCGGGCACAGGGGGUAGUGGGCCCUGGGUCCCAUGAAGAACAGAGGCCCUACCCCCAGGGCCUGCCUGGAAGGCUGUAUUCCUCCAUGUCUGACACCAACUUGGCCGAAGCUGGCCUCAACUACCAUGCACACAGGAUCGGGCAGCUCUUCCAGGGCCCUGGGAGAGACGCGGCGGUGGACCUCAGCUCGCUGAAGCACUCUUACAGCCUGGGCUUUGCCGACGGGCGCUACUUAGGGCAGGGCUUGCAGUACGGCUCGUUCACGGACCUGCGUCACCCCACAGACCUUUUGGCGCACCCACUUCCCAUGCGGCGCUACAGCUCCGUGUCCAACAUCUAUUCAGACCACCGCUAUGGCCCCCGGGGCGAUGCAGUCGGCUUCCAGGAGGCCAGCCUGGCCCAGUACAGUGCCACCACAGCCCGAGAGAUCAGCCGAAUGUGCGCCGCCCUCAACUCCAUGGACCAGCACGGCGGGCGGCACGGCGGGGGCGGACCGGACCUCGUGCAGUAUCAGCCCCCGCACGGGCCCGGGCUCAGUGCGCCGCAGGGGCUGGCUCCUCUCAGAUCUGGCCUCCUUGGCAACCCCACCUACCCAGAGGGACAACCGAGCCCUGGGAACCUGGCCCAGUACGGGCCUGCGGCGAGCCAGGGCACCGCCGUCAGGCAGCUGCUCCCGUCCACCGCGACCGUGCGCGCAGCGGAUGGCAUGAUCUACUCGACUAUCAACACCCCGAUCGCCGCCACCCUCCCCAUCACCACCCAGCCCGCCUCGGUCCUGCGGCCCCUGGUGCGCGGCGGCGUGUACAGGCCUUACGUGUCCGGCGGGGUCACGGCCGUGCCCCUGAGCAGCCUGACCCGGGUGCCCGUGAUUGCGCCCCGGGUGCCCCUCGGGCCAGCGGGGCUGUACCGUUACCCCGCCCCGAGGUUCCCCGUCGCGGCCAGCAUUCCCCCCGCCGAGGGGCCCGUCUACCUGGGGAAGCCGGCCGCCGCCAAGGCCGCGGGCACGGGGCCCCCGCCGAGGCCGGAGCCGCCCGCGGGGGCCGCCCACUCCCGAUCUCGUCGGUCGGGCGACACCGACGCCGGCCCCGACGGCAAGCACGACGCCGGCGCCCCGGCCGCCGCCGCCGCCGCCGCCAGGGCCGUGAGCAGCGUGGGCAUCCAGACCAUCAGCGACUGCUCCGUGCAGACGGAGCCCGAGCAGCUGCCCAGGGUGUCCCCCGCCAUCCACAUCACGGCCGCCACCGACCCCAAGGUGGAGAUCGUCAGGUACAUAUCCGCACCCGAGAAGACCGGGCGCGGGGAGAGCCUGGCCUGCCAGACCGAGCCGGAUGGGCAGGCCCAGGGUGUGGCUGGGCCGCAGCUCGUAGGACCGACCGCCAUCAGCCCCUACCUACCCGGCAUCCAGAUAGUAAGCCCGGGACCGCUCGGCAGAUUUGAGAAGAAGAAGCCGGACCCCCUGGAGAUCGGGUACCAGGCCCACCUGCCCGUGGAGUCCCUGUCACAGCUCGUGGGCCGCCAGCCUCCCAAGUCUCCGCAAGUGCUCUACUCGCCAGUGUCGCCCCUGUCCCCACACCGCCUCCUGGACACCUCGUUCGCUUCCAGCGAGAGGCUGAACAAGGCCCACGUGAGCCCCCAGAAGCACUUCCUGGCCGACAGCGCUCUUCACCAGCAGACCCUGCCUCGCCCCAUGAAGACCCUGCAGCGGUCCCUGUCUGACCCUAAGCCCCUGAGCCCCACGGCCGAGGAGUCCGCCAAAGAGAGAUUCUCCCUCUACCAGCACCAGGGGGGACUAGGUAGCCAGGUGUCGGCGCUGCCACCCAACGGCCUGGUCCGCAAGGUGAAGCGGACCCUGCCCAGCCCCCCUCCAGAGGAAGCUCACCUUCCCCUGGCUGGCCAGGUGCCCUCACAGCUGUACGCAGCCAGUCUGCUGCAGCGAGGGCUGGCGGGGCCCACCACCGUCCCUGCCACCAAGGCCAGCCUGCUCCGGGAGCUGGACCGGGACCUGCGGCUGGUGGAGCAUGAGUCCACCAAGCUGCGCAAGAAGCAGGCGGAACUGGAUGAGGAGGAGAAGGAGAUUGAUGCCAAGCUCAAGUACCUAGAGCUGGGCAUCACCCAGCGCAAAGAGUCUUUGGCCAAAGACCGGGGCGGCCGUGACUACCCACCGUUACGUGGCCUGGGCGAGCAUCGUGACUACCUGUCUGACAGUGAGCUCAACCAGCUGCGGCUGCAAGGCUGUGCCACGCCCGCGGGCCAGUAUGCGGACUACCCUGCCUCAGCUGCUGUGCCCGCCACGCCCUCGGGCCCUGCCGCCUUCCAACAGCCGCAGCCGCCGCGGUUCCCACCUGCAGCCCCGCAGUACUCCGCGGGCGCAAGCGGACCAACUCAGAACGGAUUUCCAGCCCACCAGGCCCCCACCUACACUGGCCCUAGCACGUACCCAGCUUCUGCUUUCCCCCCUGGAACCAGCUAUCCAGCGGAGGCUGGCCUGCCCAGCCAGCAGGCUUUCCACCCCACAGGCCAUUAUGCGGCCCCAGCACCCAUGCCAACCACGCAGAGCACCCACUUUCCAAUCCAAGCUGACAGCCGUGCCCCCCACCAGAAGCCCCGUCAGGCCUCACUAGCUGACUUGGAGCAGAAGGUGCCCACCAAUUACGAGGUGAUCUCCAGCCCUGCUGUAACCGUGUCUUCGGCCCCCUCUGACACUAGCUACAGUGGUCCAGCCGUGAGCAGCAGCUACGAGCCGGGCAAAGGCCCCGAGCACCCCCGGGGCAGUGACCGAGGCGCUGUGAGCCAGAGCCCAGCCCCUGCGUAUCCCUCCGACUCCCACUAUACCAGCCUGGAGCAGAACGUUCCUCGAAACUAUGUGAUGAUUGAUGACAUCAGCGAGCUGACAAAGGACAGCGCCCCCGCUGCCCCGGAGAGCCAAAGGCUGGAGCCUUUGGGGCCAGGUGGAGUCGGCGCGCGGCCCGGGAAGGAGCCCGGAGAGCCAGCUGGCCUUGAGGGGCCUGCGCUGCCCUGCUGCUAUGGCAGAGCUGAGGAGGAAUCCGAGGAGGACUCCUAUGACCCCCGUGGGAAAGCCGGCCAUCACCGGAGCAUGGAGAGCAACGGCCGGCCGGCCAGCACCCCCUAUUACGGUGACAGUGACUAUAGGCAUGGGGCUCGGGCGGACAAGUACGGCCCAGGGCCCGUGGGGCCCAAGCAUCCCUCCAAGAGCCUGGCCCCGGCCGCCAUCCCCUCAAAGCGCAGCAAGCACCGGAAGCAAGGCCUGGAGCAGAAGAUCUCCAAGUUCUCACCUAUCGAGGAGGCCAAGGACGUGGAGUCCGACCUGGCCUCCUACCCCUCGCCCGCUGUCAGCAGCAGCCUGACCUCCCGGGGCAGAAAGUUCCAGGAUGAAAUCACCUAUGGCCUCAAGAAGAACGUGUACGAGCAGCAGAGGUACUACGGGGCGUCCAGCCGGGACCUGGUGGAGGAAGAUGAGCGCGUGUACGGCGGCGGCGGCCGGUCCCGCGUGGCAUCCGCCUACAGUGGGGAGAAGCUGUCUAGCCACGAUUUCGGCAGCCGAGGCAAAGGGUACGAACGGGAACGGGAGGCCAUGGAGCGACUUCAGAAGGCCGGCCCCAAGCCCUCAUCCCUGAGCAUGGCCCACGGCCGGGCCCGGCCCCCCAUGAGGAGCCAGGCCUCGGAGGAGGAAAGCCCCGUGAGCCCCUUGGGGCGGCCCCGCCCUGCAGGAGGCGCCCUUCCCCCCGGGGAUACCUGCCCGCAGUUCUGCUCCAGCCACUCCAUGCCUGAUGUCCAGGAGCAUGUCAAGGAUGGGCCUCGGGCCCACGCGUAUAAGCGUGAGGAGGGCUACAUCCUGGAUGACUCCCACUGCGUGGUUUCUGACAGCGAAGCGUAUCACCUGGGCCAGGAGGAGACAGACUGGUUUGAUAAGCCCCGAGAGGCCCGCUCCGACCGGUUCAGGCACCAUGGGGGCCAUGCAGUCUCCUCCUCCCAAAAGCGAGGCCCUGCCAGGCACAGCCACCAUGACUACGACGAGCCCCCUGAGGAGGGCCUGUGGCCUCAUGAUGAGGGUGGUCCAAGCCGCCAUACCUCAGCCAAGGAGCACCGGCACCAUGGUGACCACGGGAGGCACUCAGGCCGCCAUGCCGGUGAGGAGCCGGGGCGGCGUGCUGCCAAACCACAUCCUCGGGACAUGGGUCGCCACGAGACCCGGCCUCACCCUCAGGCCAGCCCUGCCCCUGCCAUGCAGAAGAAGGGUCAGCCGGGGUACCCCAGCUCUGCUGAUUACUCACAGCCAUCCCGUGCUCCGUCGUCAUACCACCAUGCCUCCGACAGCAAGAAGGGCCCCCGGCAGGCCCACUCUGGGCCCGCACUGCAGCCAAAGCCAGAAGCCCAGGCACAGCCCCAGAUGCAAGGUCGGCAGGCAGCCCCCGGACCACAGCAGCCACCAUCAUCCAGGCAGACGCCCUCCGGCGCAGCAUCGCGCCAGCCACAGCCACAGCAGCAGCAGCAGCAGCUGCCGCAGCAGCAGCAGCAGCAGCAACAGCAACAAGGUCUUGGGCAGCAAGCUCCCCAGCAGGCGCCACCAUCACAGGCUCGGCUGCAGCAACAGAGCCAGCCAGCCACCAGGGGCUCAGCCCCUGCUGCCAGCCAGCCAGCAGGGAAACCUCAGCCAGGCCCCACCACAGCCCCAGGGGCCCAGCCAGCAGGACUGCCACGUGCAGAGCAGGCAAGCGCCUCUAAAGCGGCAGCCAAAGCACCCCAACAGGGGCGGGCUCCUCAGGCCCAGCCAACUCCGGGACCUGGACCUGCAGGGGUGAAGCCUGGAGCCAGGCCUGGGGGGACCCCAGGAGCUCCUGCUGGUCAGCCAGGGGCAGAGGGAGAGAGUGUAUUCUCUAAAAUCCUUCCCGGUGGGGCAGCAGAGCAGGCUGGGAAGCUGACAGAAGCUGUCUCUGCCUUUGGCAAAAAAUUUUCCUCGUUCUGGUGAUUGUAUCCAGAAGGGCUUCUGAAGACCCGAAGAAAGAUGGUCUCAUUGCUGUGGAAAAACCUCUGGAGUCAAAGGCCUGGGCGCAGCUCUGGACUCUGCGUAUAACACAUCUACAAUCUGGCAAACCCUUGGCCCAAAGAUUCCCACCAGGUGGGCCACAGCAGACAGGCCUCAGCAGUGCAUGGGAUGUUUUCUAACAGCAACUACCUAGGUGAAGCAUCUGCUGGACCAGUGGGACCAUAGGCUUGGGGGAACUUUCAUGUCUUUCCAGAGACUCUGCCUUUCUCAGGCCAGUCGCCCUUGGGAGAGAGGAGCCCUCACCAGAACUCGGAUGCUGCUGUGGCUGUCUCCUGCUCUUCCGGCAGCCUCCUGUGGCCUGGCCAACCAGGCUUCCAAUGCGUUAUACACAGAGUUUGGGUGCACAUUGCCCUCCCUCUAAGAUGCCAGAAGUUUUUUCCACAGCCUUGGAGAGGGGCUUUGACUGAGGGCUGGGGUCCCUGGGCUCCGAUUCCUUCACAUUCCAGCUGGCCCGGAUCCCUCUGUGGCCAUAAGGCCUUGCCCCCUUCACCCUGCCCUCUGGGUGACACUGGAGCAGACCUCCACAUGGCCAGCAUGGGUUUGGGAGAACUUUACAAACAUUAGGACCUAACACUGUCUCAUUGCUGAAAUAAGAGGCCAUAGCACCGAAAAGCAGCGUGGGCACCGGCUGAGGCGUCUCCCAGCCCGUGGAUGGCAGCAUAACUAGGCAUGCCUGCCAUCAUCUUAAAGCCAUCCCCCCAGCCAUUGUGAGUAUCCCAGAAGCACCGCCAUCAUCUCGACCAGCCGGCUCCUCGGCUCCUCAUCUGUACACCUGGGGAUUUCUUUUGAUUUCAACAACAGCCUUAAUCAUUCCAGUUUGAUUUACAUGUAUACCUCAUGAACAUUUCUUUUUGUUAUUUUUUUUUCUCUCCCCCUUUUUUUUCCUUUGCUUCUAUCCCUUUGUCUCUCCCCUCCUCCACCUUGUGACUGAUGGUUUGGUUUCCUCUCUGCUCUGCCCCUGCUCAGCACAGGGAGAAAUGUUGAUUAUGAAGCAAUAGCGGGCAGCAGGCCACCAAGAGCACAAACCCAGGGCGAGGUCUAGGGAGGCCCCUCAGCCCGCCUGUUUACUGUGCAAUUCCAGUCCUUCUUAAGCCAUCAGCAGUGGGUGUGCUCAGGGCAGAGGAGGCAGGGCUUCUGCGCCGGCAAGGGAAAGGCUCAGAGCCCUGUGGGGUCAGGGGAGGGUGACAUCGUCCAUUCACCUGGUGGACUGGGCUGCAUGCCUCCCCGAAGCCCUUCCCUUGGAGGCUUCCCUUCAUCUCGGGCACAGCCACAAGUCUCAUCUCUAAUGUUCUAUGCAAUGAAAUAUAAACCCUCAAAGACAACUGUUAAUAUUUAAUAAAUUCCAUGUUACAUAUAAGGAGUUAAUUGCAAACACGCAGUUGAGAAACUGGGUAGAUCUGCUCAUAUCACCACCCCAACGCAAUCCUUGUUCUCACUGUGUGUGUGUGUGUGUAUGUGUGAGAAAGCAAGAGCAUGAGUGUGUGUGAAUGUGAGCGUGUGCGCGUGCGCAAAUUCUAAGUCUGUGGCAUGUUUGACCUGUGGCAGGACUCGCUGCUGCCAGGUGAGUCGCCGCCUGUCUCGCAGUGGAGCAUGCACAGCUCGCAGCUUCUUUGCACGAUUUCAUUCAUUUUAAAUGCUCGACCCUCCUGCGUGGAGUUCUUUUUGCCUCCAAACCUCUCCUCUAGGAGCAGUUCUCCCCUGACUUCAGCACACGCUGGUAAAGACCUGCCCCAGGCCAUGGGGCGGGCAGUGAGGCCCCCCCUGCACCUUGCAGUUUCUAUCUGUCCACAAUAGCAAAUAAAAAAACAAACCUCAGACUAGACAGAGAUAGGAGCCCGCACAGGAUGCACGCGUGUGGACAUUCUGUGGGUUUGCUGCUGUAGGACUUCUACUUGUACAUCAUUCUUCCCUCCUAUCCCAGGCCUGAGGCAGAGGCGUCUGCUCACCCCUUCCCAGUGGGGCACUCCUCAAGGGGAAAGCUGGGCUACAUCUGUGGAGAGGCAGAAGCCAAGGGAUCCUGGCUGUGCCCUAGGAUCCCUAGGUCUUGACUGAACCUGCUCUAUGCCUCUCCUGAGUGGUGAGGAGACUCAAAGGGCUGACCCAAGAAAUCUGGCAUAGAUCCAGGGGUCAUAGGGUGCCCAGGAAGAGCUGGCUACAGCCUCUGUGGUUAAAAAUAUCAUCCAGAACGACAUAAAUAACAGCUUCAGACUGAGAUCAGAGGGUUUCUCGAAAGCAGAAUUUCCUGAAGAGCCUGUGUAACCCUCUCAGGGCUUGCCUCCUUUUCCUCCAAAGCGUAAGAUUUCCACUGUUGUCGGCAUCUCCUCCACUGGGGGAGGGCGGACAGUAGCUGCCUAGCCCUUGAAGUCUGACUGCCUCCAGCGUGCUCCGGUGCACACCAUGCAUUUCUCAGGGGUCCACAUUCCUCAUGCUUUCUCACAUGGCCUACCAGUCCUUUAGAGCGGGAUCCCAUCCCACCUUUGGCAGCUGCAGAUGGGACAGUUUAAGCUGUGUUAGACUUAAGACCCCGAGUUCUCAGGAUUUGGCUUUCUUCAUGCUAUGGAACAUCUCAGAGAUCGGACCUGGGCUGUAUGAGGCCAUCUGAGCAAGGGCUGAAGAAGACCCUCAUUGAGGAACUCGAGCCACAGAGGCCCAGGUCUGUACGGGAUGUGCCCAGUGUUUAGACACUUGGGGUCAUGGCAGUAUCCGCUUCCACUUGUAGUCAAGGGAUUAGACCAGCAGCUGAGAGCAGGCAGGAUAUCCACAGGUCAACCUCUGGCAGCCCUCCUAGGCUCUAAAGUAUUAACUUCUCAGCAAAUUUCUUUUCUGGCCAGAUUCUGAGUUGGACAUUUCUGAUAUCUGCUACUCUAUCCCUGGCUGCACCCACAGGACAGAUCUUUGUCCCUUUGUGAAUAUGGCUGCAGCAGUCUUCUAGGUCAUGGGUAUCCUGGCUCUUGCGUUGACUCUAGGGCUAUGACAGCCAGAGGCUUGGGGACCAGCAUUUGCAGCUGUAGGACACAGUAAGCAAUGGGUGCCAUCUCCAAGUGUUUAAGAAGUCUCUGGGUAGAGUCCAGACCACCUCCAUUUUCUCCUCUCAGCGUCAUAAGCGAGGGUACCCUCCUCUGCGCAUCCACGGCCUCAACACUCACGUCACAGUGACAGUC